CGAGCUUGAAUGAGUCUCAUCAAGUCACAAAAAGCAGGGAAACUCGCGAAGUUUCCCAGCCGCCGGCCACUUCCCCACUGGUACUCACGCUGGAGGAAAAGGUGUGUCCUCCACCGCGGCUGGGCACGGAGCGCAGCGGGAGGAAACCCUGCGGGCCUGGAAGGUAUAAAGCCCUGCACCCGCCGGGCUCCACCGCAGGCGAAAGUCUGGCCUGGCAGCUGUCCCAACGGCAAGAAAGGGGCAAAGUCCAAGAAUGCUGAGCUACAGGUGUUCUUGUCCUCUGCACUGAUUGCUUCGAGGCCUCGCCCUGCCUGACCACCUAUAAUACUUCUACCCAGCUUUGCUAAUGGCCUGACACCUAACUUAAGAGGAUGCAGCCCGUGGGACGUGCGAUCUCCUCUGCCCGUUCCUCCCAGAGGUUGUGCGCAGCGGCGCUCACGUUGUGCACGCUGAUGACGGCUGUUUCUGCCUUCACCGCUCCACCCGAAGGGCACUCAGGAGCCACAGGCAACUGCUCGUUUCGUGGCAAGUUUUUAAAACAGGAAUUCAGGCAGGAGGGCGAGCCUGUGGUUCUGAGGUGCCCGCUGGCGUACUUUGGCUCAGGGCCAAUUGGCAGCCCUGGCCCCCACCAGCUCGUCACCUGGCGUGGAAACAGCUCUUCUCAGCUGAUCGCGAUGGGAGAGCCACGGGUGCGGGUCAAGGACGGUGUCCUUUGGAUUGUGCCAGCCCUGCGCAAUGACUCGGGGACCUACAUCUGCAGCGUCAGAGAUGCUUCUCACUGUGAAGAGAUAGCCAUGGAGCUCCAGAUUUUGGAGGAUGCGGAGGCUUCCCUGCCGCUUGUGACCUACGCGCAGACGCUCACCUUGGGAACUGACGGCAUGCUCGUGUGUGCAGACACGCUGGAUUUCUCCGGGGACAAAGACAGCAUGCAUGUUCGGUGGUACAGGCGCUCUGUCCUUCUGGGUGGAGACGGCGGAAGGUUUCACAACGUGGAGGAACAGAAGCGCCUGCUUGUAGUCAACGUGUCCGUGGAGGAUGAGGGCCCCUACACGUGUGUGUUGACCUUCGUCCACGAGGGCAGGCGACUCAAUGUCACCAGGCACAUCAGUCUCAUCAUCCGUGAAGUGACAGACACCGUUCCUGUGGUCAUUUCUCCCCUGGACACCAUAUCCGCAUCUCUGGGCUCAAGGCUGACGAUCCCGUGUACGGUGUCUCUGGGGGCCAGCCCGCCUGAGAGUACCAUGCUGUGGUGGGGGGUGAACAUGACCCUCCUAGAGAACCUUUAUCCUGAGGGCCGUGUGACCGAGGGGCCACGCCGGGAAUACUCAGUCAAUGGUGAGAACUUCAUUGAAGUGCCACUGAAUUUCAAUCCAGUCCUAAGAGAGGAUUUGAACAUGGAUUUUAAGUGCAACAUCUUUAACUCCCUGGGUUUCCAGACACUGCAUACCACAGUCAAAGAAGCCCCUGCCACCUUCUCCUGGGGAGUCGCCCUGGCCCCUCUGUCGCUGGUCCUCUUGGCCUUGGGGGGCCUUUGUCUGCACAGGCACUGGAAACGCAGACCUGGAAAAACAUACCGCCUGACCACGCUCAAGACCGGCCUCUGAGACUUCCACACUAUCCCAGAGAAAUAAAGGCGAUGACAGGGUGUGAACCCGAUCCCUUCCGCAUGGAGGGGGCCGCGCUUUUCUCACGGGCUCUGGCAUUUCUCCUUGUUUAACAAAACCCUGGUGUUUGCCGCUGAGAUUGACAGCCUUUAAUUUUAUUUUAUUUUUCCCCCAAAUCAGUGAUGGGGCAGAUGUGCACGGUGGGUAGGAGCAGCUCUCUGUACCUGUGACCUAUUUAAAAGAGCAAAUGAGGGGCCCUCAGGCCUCAGUAAGAGUGGAAACCACCACAGCGGUUUUGAAACUCAUCCAUUCACUUAGCAAAAAAAACACACUGAAAGUCGAUAGGGCCAGGCUGUGUGGGAAAACCGAGAGCCGCAGAUGGUUAGGCCGAAGUUUGCCUUUCAGGAAAGAGAGAGUCCGUUAUGAUUCUGGAAAAGAUGAGUUAGCAAUGAGAAAGCAGGUGAAUCACCAGGAAUCGGUGAAUCUUUUUGGAAAGAUGGUACCAGAAUCAGCAGCCGAAGUAGUUAGGCAGCCAGCCCGAGCUUCGUGACACUUCUGACAAUGAAGGGCCAAAGGGCAUUGUGAUAACUGUACACGGCUGGAAGAGUAUGACCGGCCCCUUUCCCAUCAUAUGCCAAAAGAAUUCCAGGGGGAUUGAUGCAAACGAAAUGGGGUGGGAGAAAUCCUCCUGAGGGUCGAUACGUCGGUAGGCCUGGAUCUUGGUAGAGAGAGAUUUCCAAGCCCUGGUUUGGCCCGAGGAAGCUGGGCUCCAUCCCUGAACUUCCCCUUUGUGUUCCCAUAUUGCUUCCUCUUCCUUUUCUCUCUGGAUUUAUAAAUGUUUGAGGAUGGAGAAGUAGGAAGAGGAGGCAGAACCUUGGGGUGCCUCGCACAGAUCGAACUCAUGAAAAGAGGGAGAGUGGGUGGAGGGGGAAGAGGAGGAAGGGUCAGAUGAGGACAUAUAAUGGCCAGAGAUGCCUGGGUCCUCUGUGCCCGGAAACUGGGUGAGGUCUCACACCUGUGGAGCCUGGCAGCCUCAGCAGUGAUCCGGGCUGCAGCCCAAGGGCCCUCAGGGACCUCCCAGACAACACCUUGACUGCAGGGUACAACACAGUCUUCCCAUCCUCUGGCCUAGCAUGGACCACAUGGUAGGGAGCGUAUGUGAUACUUGGGAAAUUUGGGGGGUUGGAUUUAGGGCUGUGUUAAGGAAUAAGUAUGAUAUUGGGGUGGAUACAUUUAAAAACAAAGAAGAGUUGUUAUCCUCUUAAGAGGUAUACUGGAUUACUUAAGGGCCAAGAUCUGAGAUUUGCUUGGAAAUUACCCAGAGGGGGGAGGAUGGGGGUUGGGGUGGGGGAGAAGCAGUGAAGGGAGAUUGGCUCCAUGUUGCUAAUUGUGGGCGUGGAUGGUGUCCACUGCGGGCUGCCCCUGCAGCUCCUCCCCUUCUGUCUAGGUCUGGAAAUUUCCAAAGCAAAGCGUAAAAAUGCAGUAUAGGAACAUCCCAAAGAACCCGAGGCAAGAGGGCGAGUGUGUGAACAGCAAGACGCGCUGCUGUCCUAGAUAAGCCACGCAAUAAUAAAACGAAUCUGAGAAAAUAUUAUUGCGUAAAGAAGUUCUGGAAAUGUUCAUUUGUACCAUUGUGCCCUUUUAUAUAAAGUAAAAAAAAAGCUGUAAACAC